AUGUGCGGAGUGAUUGUUUAGCGAGAAGAAUUGACAUUUUUUUUAAAAGGAAAUAACCCUUCGUGGUGAAUCGCUGAAGAUUUAGCGGAGUGUGGCGACUGAGGAAAGCACUCGCACCUCGGAAAAAUCCAGUGAAAGAAGGCAUGAAGACAUCAUCCUAGUCAUCAGUCAUGGCCGAUAAAAGGAAACUUCAAGGUGAAAUAGAUCGAUGUCUGAAAAAAGUAGCGGAGGGAGUGGAGCAGUUUGAGGAUAUUUGGCAAAAGCUUCACAAUGCAGCCAACACAAACCAGAAGGAGAAAUAUGAAGCAGACCUCAAGAAAGAGAUUAAAAAGCUACAGCGUCUUCGAGACCAGAUCAAGACGUGGGUGGCAUCAAACGAGAUCAAAGACAAAAGGCAGCUAGUAGAAAACCGCAAACUCAUAGAAACGCAAAUGGAGCGAUUCAAGGUAGUGGAAAGAGAAACCAAGACGAAAGCAUACUCUAAAGAAGGGCUCGGUCUGGCACAGAAGGUGGACCCAGCCCAGAGGGAGAAGGAGGAGGUCGGCACGUGGCUAACGAAUACGAUAGACACUCUGAACAUGCAGGUGGACCAGUUUGAGAGCGAAGUGGAGUCUCUCUCAGUCCAGACGAGAAAAAAGAAAGGAGACAAGGAGAAGCAGGACCGGAUCGAAGAGCUGAAGAAAUUCAUUGAGAGGCAUCGGUACCAUAUCCGGAUGCUGGAGACGAUACUGAGGAUGCUGGACAACGACUCUGUGCAGGUGGAAGCCAUCAGGAAGAUCAAGGAUGACGUAGAGUACUAUAUAGACUCGUCGCAGGAUCCCGACUUUGAGGAGAACGAAUUUCUUUAUGACGAUCUGGAUUUGGAGGACAUUCCUCAGUCGCUGGUCGCCACUUCACCGCCGGGGCACUCGCACUUGGAGGACGAGCUCUUCCAGCAGUCCAGCAGCACACCCACCUCUACCACCUCAUCUUCACCCAUCCCCCCGUCGCCUGCUACUUGCACUACAGAGAACUCAGAAGAUGAUAAGAAGAGGGGACGUUCGACAGACAGUGAAGUUAGUCAGUCGCCUGUGAAGAAUGGAAAUCCCUCCUCUUCGUUGUCCUCUUCUUCCUCGUCCUCUGCUUCCUCUUCCGUCUCGGGACUGACCUCAUCUUCAAUGGUCUCUAUGGCGACCAUCGCUGGGGGAGGAAGCAGUAGCUCUGGGGGCAACAGUCAUCACAGCAACUCAGCAGGUCACCUCCCCAACACUUCAGCUGGCAGCUACAGCAACGCCACCCAGCAGCCGCCGCACCCGUCAGCGCAGCAGCAACAGGCCAAAAACUCCGUUAGCUCCUCUUCCUCCUCCUCAGCUCCCAUCUCCAACUCCAGCACCUCCACCAACAGCCACCCUGCCUCACUGGCCGCCUCUCCACCCAAUGCCAGCACACAGGAGCUCCGUGCUUCAAAUUCGCAGCCGCAGGCUCCUUCAGGGUCCACGCCAACCUCCAACAGCCUGGGCCUUAGCCUGGGCCUCUCUUUGGGGAAAGGCAUUUCGGGUGUCGUCACCACCAGCCCCAUGUCCGGAGGCCUCGGCCUGUCGGGGAUGCCGGCAUCCCUGACGGGCACCAUGGCAGGCCUUCUGUCCAGUAACACCCCUGCACCCUACGCUCAGGCGGUCGGCUCCAGCUUACCAGGCUCUUUGGGUGGAGUCAGCACAGCAACGACCAACAGCGCUGUAGGCUCCAUCGGCAGCGGGAACAUGACAGUCGGCGGGCCGACAUCCUCGACAGGAGGUCUGCUGGGUGCAGCGCCGGGCGUGGUUGGCUCUGGGAUUCUGGGUUUGGGCUCUAGUCAGUCAGGGGUGCAGGGCUCAUCCUUGGUGUCACCGAGCUCGGUGGGAGGUUUAGCCCCAGGUAGCGGAGUAGGAAUCAUCGGGAGCAAUGGAGGCAGCUCGGGAUCAGCAGGGAGUGGAGUAGUAGGAGGAAACUCGCUCCCUGUCCGACCUCCGAGCCGACAGAAGCAGAACGGUAGCACUAGUUACAGUGCUGUGGUAGCAGACAGCACAACAGACUCCGCCCUCAACAGUGCCAGCCAAUCGCAAAGCAGCCAACCCUCAUCUUUGACCUCCACAGCCAAUCAGCCUAAGGACACUGGUCCCAGUCUACUGGGCUCUAUGAGUUUGUCGUCCAGCUCUCCAUCCCCGGCCUCUUACAGCGAGGCCAAAACGGUGAGCGGCAGCAACCUGUUGAAUGGGCCAAUGUCCUACUCACAGCAGUCCUCCGACAGCAUCAAGCCCCAAGAGCCUCUGAGCAGCCUCAAGUCCAUGGCCGAGCGAGCAGCAAUGAGCUCAGGGAUCGAGGGAGAUGUGACCUCCCUGCACCUCACCUCAGAAAUAUUCCCCAGCAGCACUACGGCCCCUUCAGGCCCCCCAUCAGCACCUCAGCCCUCGCUGUCAGAGGUCAGCAUCCCCCCAUCGUUGGGGGUGUGCCCGCUGGGGCCGGUUCCCCUGUCCAAAGACCAGGGCUACCAACAGGCCAUGCAGGAGCAGGCGUGGACGCAUAUGCCACACCCAUCCGACUCCGAGAGAAUCAGGCAGUACCUGAUGAGGAACCCCUGCCCCACCCUGCCUUUCCACCACCAGGUGCCACCGCCCCACUCAGACACUGUAGAGUUUUACCAGAGGCUUUCCACAGAGACCCUCUUCUUCAUCUUUUACUACCUGGAGGGCACUAAGGCCCAGUAUCUGGCAGCCAAAGCCCUGAAGAAGCAGUCGUGGAGGUUCCACACCAAGUACAUGAUGUGGUUUCAGAGGCACGAAGAACCCAAGACCAUCACUGAUGAGUUUGAGCAGGGAACAUACAUUUACUUCGACUAUGAGAAAUGGGGCCAGCGGAAGAAGGAGGGCUUCACGUUUGAGUACCGGUACCUCGAAGACCGAGACCUCCAGUGACGUGCAGAGAGACGCAACAGGACGGACGGACAGCUGAGAAAGUGAGAGAUGGACAGAACAAACAAACGCAUGAAGGUUGAUCCACCUGCUGACAUUCCUGGAUUUGACCUCAGCUCGCUGGGGAAAGGAGACAUGCGGGCCGGAGGGGGGCGGGCGGGUUUCGUCCCUCCUCCUGACCCUCCAAAUCCCGCCUUACCAUCCUCACCCCGGCAGUGAUAACCCCUCCCACUCCCAUCAUCUCCUCCUUUCUUCUUUCUAUCCCUUCAUCAGCAGGAAUUUUUCAAAAAAAAAAAUUUCCUGGCUUAGACAAAUCACACAAACACACACACACAAAAUAAUCACGCGUGUAAUAUUCCGACUAUCCCCUGCCCUCCACUCGGAGUUAUCCUGUUAAUUUGGCUUUAAAACUGUUGCUUCUGUUAGCCCCGCCCUUUAAAGGCCAAAGAUUAUUGGUCAGUUAUACUCUCAGCGCAGGCUCUGUCUUCUUUAAACAGACCAAUGAAAACCUGGAGAUGUGAACUCCAUCAGUGCUGCAACACUUCUCAGACUUGCAUCAGGGCAGGAAUCAGCUGAGAGAAAUGAAUUUUAAAAUCAAGUGAGAAGCAAACGAGGACGCGUCAAAGAGGAUGAGCAGCCAGCUCUUUUCUGCUUCAUGAACUUGACACCUGCUAAUGUGACGCUUCACAUAACCUGAGACAUAAUGAUGCUGAGCUUCUGCCUUGUUUUCCACUGGUUUAUAAUCCAGAUUAAUUUGGAUUUGGAGUAGUGGAAUAAAAUGAUAGCAGGGCUUCAUAUCCGUGGACACACAUGAUUUUCGUGUCCGUUAAUGCGUCAGUCUUUCUGCUUCAGUAAAAAUUAGGUGGAAAACUUGAACAGCCGCAUUGAAUCUACAGUGAAAUGCAGUUGGUGACCAGAUUAUUAGGUACAGCUGUGCACUCAAAUUGCUCUUCCGUAAAGUCGACCUUCAUGAUCAGUGUUGUUGUCUCCGUUAUUGAGGUGUUAACAGUGAAGUAUUGGUUAGAGAUGGUGCUAACCAGGCUCACCUGCACCCUUAUAUAUGUAAAAGUAAAGCUCAUCUCCACAACAACAAGAGCUGAUUGGGGUCCUGUCGGGGUAACAGGAAGUCAUUUACAAUGAAUGAAUCUGUUUUUAAAAAAUGAACUACAAAAAUUUAAAGUAAAAAAAAAAAAAAAAAAGAAA